AAGCUUAUAUAUAUCACGUUCAUCGCCUCCGUAGUUCGCGGGCCGAUCGCUAUCACGUCGACGGAAGCAAAAAUCGAUUGAAGUCGUUUUUGGAUAGUGAUGGAUAAGAAGAAUGACAAUGGCGAUCCAAAACCCCAGAGAAAGAUGAAGUUUAUGCCGAAAAAGCCUCCUCGCAGAGAGCAAAAGCUAGUUUUACCUAAACCUGAGAAGGUCGAGGAUGCUGAAACCGAGGAGGUGAAGGCACAAGAAUUGUUGAAGCGCUUCAAUGAAGCUUCCAAGAAGCCGAAAUUCAAAACUGAAACCAAGCCUUCAAAGACACGUGUUUCAUCAUUUAGUUUUGGUUCCACUCCCAAGUCUGGAGGUGAUGCUGCUGCAACCCCAGGCAUAACAAUGAAGGAAUACAAGGAGCCAUGGGAUUACUACAAGAACUACCCUGUUACUCUACCUGUAAGGAUGCCAUACUCAGGAAAUCCAGAGCUUCUAGAUGAGCAAGAAUUUAAGGUGGAUUCAGAAACCAAUGCUUACGAUGAGUCCUCUGUAAAGGCAGCUGAAGAACUUGGCUUAAUGGAGGAAGACUUGGAAAAGAAAUUGAUUUUCAUUCAACUGCCAACGUCGAUGCCUCUACCAAAGCAAGCUGCAAAGACAGAGGGUGGCGAGGCAGCUACGAGCUCAAAGCCAUCGAAACCUACAGGACCCGGUCCAAAAGCUUGCAGUUUGAAAGAACUUCCUUCGGGAUUUAUGGGUAAAAUGCUGGUGUAUAAGAGCGGUGCUGUAAAACUGAAAUUAGGUGAUCAUCUAUACAACGUUGAUGGAGGUGUAAACUGUAGCUUUGCCCAGGAUGUCGUUGUCAUCAAUACCGACGAAAAACAUUGUUGCAAUGUCGGAGAACUCAAUAAGCGUGCCAUUAUUACCCCGGAUAUCGAUUCAGUCCUAGACAACAUGGAAUUCUGAUGGUUUCACUUCUUUUUGCUCUAAAUAUUUUCUUUUACACAUCGAAAAUUUGAUGAAGUUUUGACUUGCAUACAGUCUCUGUGUAUCU